AUGACGUGGCUCUCAGUGUUGACAACGCCCUUGUCCUUUGCGUUUGGGCUGACAGUGUCCUUACUGUCUUAUUUGCUAUUGCCGAUCCUUUUCAUUGCAUCCCCAGUGAUCUACCUCGGACAACUCGUUCUGUACCUAACCCUGCUUCCGCUGCGGAUAUUGAUCAAAUUAGAGGCAUUCAUCUAUUUCAUGACUGUUGCCGUGUUGAUCGGAGCCACCGUGGGCAUGGCCCUACAUUUCACCGGCAGCACUAUCACACAGGCUUUGCACAUCGAAGAUUCGCCAGAGCAACCGCGAAGUCGCGUGAAACGAGAGUCCAUAGACUCAACGCCGGAGGGCCCACCUUUCGACUACCUGGAGACGAAGGUCGAAGACACCAAAUAUCUCCCUUACUCGACAAUCCUAGAAGAAGAGGAGAGUAGUCGUGAAUCUGAAUAA